AUCAAUAGCGCGUCUUAGAUGACCAGCGACGCACUUCGCAUUCCGCGUCUACCUGGGGGAAAUGCUGACGUCUGAACCAUUCACCUCAUGCGGAGAAAAGUGAAAGUGAGUGUGACGUGCACAGCGACCUCCGUGAAGCCAAAUGAUAUUUGAGGUUGCAAAGGAAAAGUUUAAGUUGUCGUCACUUCUGAACUGGAGGGGAAGAACAGGCGAGUGCUGAGCGCCGAGAUCGAGCCAAACAGCCCAGCCCGUCAAGACUGACGCUUCGUUUGAAGUCUGGACCGCAGCGAAUGGCGCACACCAACAGGAGCGCCACCGAGUGCCGUAGUGUGCGACGCCGAGCUGCGCGGUGAUGAUGCGGCUCAGCCCAGCGGUGGUGUUGGCCGCUCUGGUGGUGGUGGUCUACGGGGGGGACCACCCGCCUCCCACCGUGAACAUCAGCCUGGACGACCCUCCGGAAGUGCGCUGGCUCUCUCUGCUGAAAGUCUUUGACGUCGAUUUCCUCGAGAAAGCGGCAGCAGAAGUCAUCGACACUACGGUUCCAAAGUGGGUGCACCACGCUGUCAAACCGAUCGUCCUGGCCCUGGAUAAGUACAUCCCUCAGCCGUACGCCGGAGAGAUCCAGGGCCUGGCCUCACACUUCGGGGGCAGCCUCUCAGACGUCAUCAUUCUCAACUUCGCCUACGAGAUAUCUGCGUUUUGCACCAGCAUUGUUGCCCAGGACACGGCCGGGAACAUUUACCACGGCCGGAAUCUCGACUACCCACAUUCUAUCUUGAGAAACCUGACUAUCGAUGUGGUUUUCUUUAAGGAUGGCAAGGUGGCGUAUCGUGGAACGUCUUUCGCUGGCUACGUUGGUCUGUGGACCGGACAGAGCCCCAACAAGUUUACCAUCUCCGGAGACCAGCGAGGUGACGAUCAUUGGUGGAACUGGUGGAAGAACUUUGUGUCUGCCUUCCUCCUGAAGAGAUCACCGGUCAGUUGGCUGGUGAGAGAGACUCUGGAACAGGCGGAAAACUUCCAAGCUGCCGUCAUGCGCCUCUCCAAAAUCCCCAUCAUCACCGGGGUGUACUAUAUCGUGGGUGGUGUGCGAGCUGGGGAAGGAGUCGUCAUCACCAGGGACCGCACCGGCCCUGCUGACAUCUGGCCCCUGAUCCCAGUCAUCGGAGAAUGGUACCGAGUGGAAACCAACUUUGACCACUGGCGUCCUGCUCCAGCCAGAGACCAUCGCAGAGAAGUCGCCAACAAAGCCCUGAACGUGACAGGUCAAGCCAACAUCAACCUGGACACGUUGCGUGAGGUCCUUUCUCUGUUUCCAGUGUGUAACGGAAUCACCGUGUACACCACGACGAUGUCUGCAGCGUCGCCUCACCAAUACAAAACCUUGGUCAAACCCAACGGCUGCCGCUGGACCCACCUGUCCUAAUCCCCUUUUCUAAUCCAUGAUUCUCCCAUGAUGCUCUCUGGUGCGAGGAUGUCUCAUAAGCAACUUUCUCACCAGUGACGUGUUACCAAGAUGACCAUGUGACCUGUUCCUCCUGAUGACGGGACAAGACGCCAGUGUUGGACUGGGCAUUUAAUUUAUUUUCUAAUGGCUAUUAAAUAUAUUUACAAUGAAAUGGUUAUUUUUGUCAACCUCACAUUCAGCUCAGUGCUUCGAGGAGGUUGAGCCUCUUCUCCUCCUGGAGCCUUUCACUCAUGACUCUGAGGGAGUGUGAGAAGCUAAUAUCAGCCGCUAGUUUCUGUUAUCUUUCUCUCGUGAAGUACAUAUUGAAAUCACAUGAAUCUUCAUAAGUACAGCACAGCAAUGACCUGCAGAUCCGGAAUGUAGAUCAUGAACAAACCCUUCACAGAGGGAGCUGGAUCUGCCUGUUAUUCAGCACUGAGCUCAUUCUUUUAUGCUGCCUGGCUUGUUUGGAUUGUUGAUGGAACCACAUCUUGUUUGUUACAUGUAACCCAGGAGUUCCCCUGAGAACAGGGUCAAACUCAAGCCCUCACCACCAAAUCAUUCUGUGUGGCUCUCUGAGUCAUGACUGCAAGAAGAUGGUUUCAACUGAAGGCUCUGAAAAACCUCUUCCUAGUUUGGGAAGUUUUGAGCAAGUCAGUGUGUGAUGUGGGGAUGACCUUGCUCCAGUACUUGACCUCUACUUGCACACGACUCACAAGAGAUGCAAGUGAAGAGGUCACAACUAGUGAUGCUUCACGAAAGCUUCACCGCCCAGUGGGAGAUUUGACGACGCCUCCUGAAUCCAUCACUAAUCCCAGCAUUCAACCUGCAGAAUCAAAUGUUGGGAGUCGGUGGAUUGCAGGUUGAAGUUUGAACCUGUUUCACCCUUUGCAUAACAAAACCCUGUGUUGAACCUUGAGCGAGACAUCAUGGGUUAUAUGUGUAAGUACAUGUUUAUCUAUGAAUUCCAAUGGCCACAUGAACCUACCAAGUCAGAGGCCGGUGGCGGCUGUGCACCGGAUUAUUAUUGACUGAAUUGCAUCAUGAAGCCAUAUGGAUGUGGGAAGCAGCAGCCAGGAGUUUAGUACCAUUAUAGUGUAAGAUGAAACAUUUCCUUUUUUCUCUCCCUUUGUUUUUACAGUUGCUGCUGUGGGUUUUAAAGCUAAACAGCCUUUUAAAGAAUAGAAAAAUGUUUUGAUGGAGACCAAAAGAAGCACCUUUUGUCUUGCGCUGAGAAGAUAUUUGUGUGAUAUUGACACGCAUCUUGCAAAGUUACGACAUACUGACCUCAUCUGAAGGGUCGAGUCAAUUAUGUUUUUUCUGUUAUUAUUAUGCAUUUUAAACCUUUAUGCAUUGAUGGUCGAGAGUGAGACAGUAAAGUCUUCACACAGGGUGAGGUGAAAGGUCAAACUAAUGAGGUCAUGAGUCAGAUUAGUUUUCCAUUAAGGUGAGAAACGUUGGAAUCUCAAUCAAUAGUGCAGCAACAGUUUCACUGGAUCCACUCAUGUGAUAUCGUCAUUGCAACAAUGGAAAGUUGAUCGUUGCUUAUCUAGCUCUGUUCACUUGUCGCUCUCAAGCACCAUGUAGAGACAAGCUAUUGAUGCUUUGUACUGAAGUGGCUUCAGAUCGUCUUCCUGGAUGCUACAGUGAGGCGAGCUUAUUGUAUUUAUGAAGAAAAUAAAAAGAUGGAA